CUCAGUGUGUCGUCUGCACCCGGCGUGUGUCGGUCGUGUCGUGGCGUGCCGUAUACGGGAGUGUUUCAUGAGUGUAUUGCCAUCAUGGGUGUGAAGUUUGUGCUAUCGGUGCUUCUCCUCUCGGCAUCUGGACUUCUCGUCCUCUGCCAUGCCGAACUAGAUGAUCAGUAUAAAACGAACUUAUUCAUUGAGUGGGGAAAUGCUUUGUUAGACACAUUUGCAGGACCUGUGCCGAUGAUCCAGGACUGUUCACUCCGUCAGUUCAAGUGCAACAACACCAAGUGUGUGCAGCUCACGUGGAUGUGCGACGGUGAAGAUGACUGCGGCGACAACUCUGACGAAGACUCCUUAGAAUGCAAAGAGACCCGGACAUGUACAACUACGGAAUUCAAAUGCAACAACAACCGCUGUAUCCCACUACACUGGCAGUGCGACAACGAGAACGAUUGUCGAGACGGUAGCGACGAGGAUCCACAUAACUGCCAACAAAGGGUGUGUGGUCCAGAAGAGUUCACGUGUCGAGGCAUGGUGGGGGAGUGUGUCCCGCUUACCUGGAUGUGUGACGAUAACCCGGACUGUUCUGACGGAUCGGAUGAGAAAGCUUGCAAUGAGACGUGUCGGACGGACGAGUUCACGUGCGCCAAUGGCAAGUGCGUCCAGCAGCGUUGGGUCUGCGAUCACGACGAUGACUGUGGCGAUCGCAGUGACGAGCUCAACUGUCCUGUCAAGACAUGCUCUCCAGACUCGGAGUUUGCCUGUGCCAUAGGAAACAACUCCUACUGCAUCACCGCGCGAUGGCGCUGCGACGGUGACUCUGACUGCCCGGACGAUUCCGAUGAAAAGAACUGCCCAGACAACAAGCCCCACAGACCGUCCUCUGUCUGCAUGUCGCGCGAGUACGCUUGUCCCGACCGUCUCACCUGUAUCCACCAGUCUUGGGUGUGCGACGGCGACAAUGACUGCCCAGACGGUGCGGACGAGAAAUCUGACGUCUGCAAAGAUGUGGUGUGCCGCGCAGACCAAUUCCAGUGUCGCAACAAGGGAUGCAUCGCCGGCUACCUGCACUGCAAUGGCCUCAAGGACUGUUCGGACGGCAGCGACGAAGAAGAGUGUAAACCAGUAUUCAGGUGUGAUCCAAAGACCCAGUUCGACUGCGGCGGCAGGAACUGUAUUAGCCUGGACUUGGUGUGUAACGGGAAAGCCGAUUGUCCGGAGGGCGAGGAUGAGCCCAACGGUAAAUGUGAUGUCAACGAGUGUCUGGUGAACAAGGGCAACUGCUCGCACAUCUGUGUGGACACUCUGACCGGCUUCCACUGCGACUGCAGGCCCGGCUACAAGCUGAUGGACGAUGGCCAGACAUGCGACGAUAUCGAUGAAUGCGAGAAUCCCGGCGCAUGUUCCCAAAUAUGUCACAACGAGAAGGGCACAUUCAAGUGCGAAUGCGAGAAUGGAUACCUGCGAGACCCGCACGACCACACGCGGUGCAAGGCGACUGAGGGGCACGCCUCCUUGUUGUUCGCGCGCCGUCACGAUAUCCGCAAGAUAUCCCUAGACCAUCACGAGAUGACUGCGAUCGUCAACAACACAAAGUCCGCAACUGCGCUCGACUUCGUCUUUCGCACCGGCAUGAUCUUCUGGAGUGACGUUGUUGAACAGAAAAUCUUCAAAGCUCCCAUCGACGAAGGUAGUGACAGAACUGAGGUGAUCAGAGAUGAAAUGACGACUUCGGACGGCCUGGCUGUGGACUGGAUAUACAAUCACAUUUACUGGACAGACUCCGGCAAGAACACUAUCGAGUUGGCCAAUUUCGAGGGCAGCAUGAGGAAAGUGCUGAUCACUGACGGACUGGAGGAACCCAGAGCCAUAGCUGUAAAUCCUCUGGAGGGGUGGAUGUUCUGGAGUGACUGGGGCAAGGACGCUAAGAUAGAAAGAGCCGGUCUGGAUGGGUCACACAGGGAGCCUAUUGUUACUUAUGACAUCAAGUGGCCCAACGGGUUGACUUUGGACCUGGUACGGCGGAGGGUAUACUGGGCCGACGCUAAGCUGAAUCUCAUCUCUUCCUGCGACUACGAUGGUACGGCUAGACGACAGGUGCUGCGAUCUGCCGAGACUCUCCAUCACCCGUUUUCUAUAAGUGUGUUCGAGGACUUUAUCUACUGGACGGAUUGGGAUCAGCAAGCCAUAUUCCGGGCGAACAAGUUCAAUGGCAGCAGUGUCAUUCCAAUCACAGCUGUCCAUAUGCUGCAAAAUCCCAUGGUCCUCCACGUGUAUCAUCCUUAUAGACAGCCAGACGGUAUAAAUUACUGUGCUGCUGUCAAUGGACACUGUUCACACCUUUGUCUACCAGCCCCGCAGGUUAACCCUCGCUCGCCCAAGAUAUCAUGUGGCUGUCCAGACGGUUUAGUUCUUAUGGCAGAUGGACUCAUGUGCACGGAGGACUUGCCUCCUCAAACUAUGAAUUCUCCGCCUACGACACAGUUUACCAGUAUAGAUAGAUCACUAGCUCCUCGCUCGAGAGAGGAGGUGCUCGACGGUCUAUCGAAGGAUAUCCUACCACUUGAGGAGCCGGACGACGGAAUGGUGGCUGGCAUCGUAAUCGCGAUUGUCACUGUCGUGCUCAUUCUUAUCUCACUAAUCGCUCUGGCUGUAUAUCGGCACUACCUCCAUCGCAAUGUGACAAGCAUGAACUUCGACAACCCCGUCUACAGGAAGACCACAGAGGAUCAGUUCUCGCUGGAGAAGAACCAGUAUCAGCCCACUCGCAUUUAUCCCUCGACGGUGGGCGAAGAGGCUUUAAAUGACUUUUUGGCCCAGGAGCCUUUGACGAGUCCUGGAACCAAUGACUACGUAUAAUUGGGCUGAACAGUUCUCACCUCUCAUAGUCAGCCGAGUUCAGAGACAGUCUGGUGACAAAGUUACUAAAGGCUACCGGCCCACUUCUACAAAAAGCCAAUUCAACUUAAAUUGUGCCAAAGAUAAUUGACUCUUCUAAGUAUAUUUUUUUAAACAAGUUCCACAUCAACCCGCCAAUGUGUUUACGUAUUAUGAUAUUUUAAAUUCUAUACUGUGAAAGCGUUUUUUGUCCCGGACUUAUGUUAACUAAAGGGAUGAUCCAUUUUGUUUCUGUUUAGUGCAAAUUUUCGUUGUCUAAGCAAAAAGACAGCCGUCUUGGAAACGAACGAAAAUUCUCACAUCAGUGUGAUUGUGUAUAGAUGUAAAAAUUGUCUACCUAAGCAUAUUUUGUCUAUACAACCAUUAGAGGUAUUUAGUUACUUUUUCAUUGUAUAUUUAUUAUGAUGCACAAAGUGUAAGCGUUGUGGCAGUAGAACGAGUUUCACUUCCCUUUAACCUGGUUUUUCCCGAUGUAGGCCACCCAAUAUGACUGUUUUACAAUGGUUUUUAUGGCAUGGUCUAACAUUUACCUCAGAUAUUUUAUUUGUUCACUUACCUAAUGUUACCUAAUUUUUUAUCGCUAUGUAAAAUAAUACAACUUAGAGGUCAAACUGACACGUUUUUGUAUACCUAUAAUUUGUACGAAAAACCUAUGUAUAAUUUUCAACCAUCUAAAGUUUUAAAGGUUGAAGUUGUUAGAGUUUUUUCCAUAUAUCUCAGCUUGCUACAUUUUAUACAGUUUGAUAAAUGUCAUCAAGUUUGUCUCCCGCCUUCGCUCUACCGCCUGUAAAUUUUGUGCCAACCUCCUAAUAAAGUUUAAAGUUUAAGGAUAACUUAGUGUGGUUUGAAUUAGUUACUUAAAUUAUUAUUCCAUGCAUUGGUACGUUCCAUCUAGAGUAAUCAACUUUAGUGUUACCUGUGAUUUAACCUUUUAGGUUUAUGAUAGCUUAUAAGCAAUCAGAUUUUAUAUUUUGUCAAAGAAUUUGUGAUUAAGUAGUAUAAUAUUAUGAUUAGUUUGUAGAACUUUUUGAGAGUCUAAAAGCCUUAGUGUAAAGUUGUUAUGAUAACUAGACAGUUACUACGUUUACGUUAGGCCUAUGAUGUCUGUACAUUACUUACAGUUAAAAUAAACAAAUGUUAAGUUUGUUUCUUUCUAAUUAUUUAAAUGUGUUUGCAAUCUAUAUUUUAAUUCACGCGGAAGUUAUUGAUUUAUAAACUAUUUUACAUUACUUUUGCCAAUGUAAAUAUUUUAUUUUAUUUAUAUCAUAUAUUCAGUUGGUAGACCUUUCUGAAGGUAUAUAGAUACCUCUUGUUAUGAAAAACAGUAAUGUGUUUUAAGGCUCAAGAAAAAGUAAUAUAGAUUAAAAAUAUAUUGGCUGUUUUAUUUUGUCAAAAAGUAUUUGUAAACUGCAAGUUAUGUUUCAAAUCGUUGUAACAUUUCAAAAUUAAUUUAAUGUAAAUAAUAAAAGUGGCAGGGAAAUAUUACCUGAUAAUCUUACUUGUCAUUGUUUACUUAAUUUUGUUAAUAUAUAAAAUAAUUGAGAAGGAUAAAUUACACCCAAAGUUUUGUUUUCCAAGGCCGGUUUGCAUUGUAAUGCAAUAUGUGUAUGUAGUGCAUCUUGGACUGCUUCUGCCAAAGAAUAACUCACAUUAAAAUAGUAAAGUUUAUAGGUAGGUCUAUAGCUUCGAUUCUUUGAUCACACAAAGUUGAACAUAUAUUGCAAUCAACGCAUAGUUUAAUUUCUUAAAUAAAUAACAGGCAAAUAACGACGAGCCGUCCAGUAUGUAUAUAAGUUUUAUUGCUUUAUUUAAUUAUGGUAUUGUGUGUUGUAAUAAAACUCAAGGCCUAUAAUAAUUUAUUCACAAUUGGUAAAUUCUUUCUGACCUAUGGAAUUAUUUAUAUUAAUCAGUUUGCAACUGACCUUUACAUAAUUUUGGCACAUGAUUUACGGAUUUUUCUACCAAAUGAUGUUUUUGAAGUAUACUCACUUUCUUACUUUAUUAUUUAAAAUCGAAACAAAUAAAUGUACUGCUACCAUUGUGAACAUGAAUAUUUAUAUGUGCAUAUCAAAAUCACUAUGUAAACAGUCAAACUUUACUAGUCACUGUAGUUGAUUAAUUUUUUCUCUAAUAAAAAGCAUUAGUUUUGUAUUAUUUUGUGUUUUCAAUACUCUCAGCCAAUGUAAGUAUGGCGGGUCAGUAUAAUUACACUCGAUGGAGUUCAAUAUAGACUACUGAGGCAGAAAGUAUUAAAACACAGUUCUGUAUUGUUUUGUUUUAUUAAUACUCUCAGCCCCACGUAAGUAUGGCGGGUCAGGAUCAUUGCGGAUAAUUGCACUCGUUGCAGCUUAAUAUAAUUUAUCCUACUGAGGCUGAAAGUAUUAAAACACAGCUCUGUAUUGUUUUGUUUUAUUAAUACUCUCAGUCCCACGUAAGUAUGGCGGGACAGAAUAAUUGCACUCGUUGCAGUUCAAUAUAGACUACUGAGACAGAAAGUAUUAAAACACAAUUCUGUAUUGUUUUGUUUUAUUAAUACUCUCAGUCCCACGUAAGUAUGGCGGGUCAGGAUAAUUGCACUCGUUGCAGUUCAAUAUAGACUACUGAGACAGAAAGUAUUAAAACACAAUUCUGUAUUGUUUUGUUUUAUUAAUACUCUCAGUCCCACGUAAGUAUGGCGGGUCAGGAUAAUUGCACUCGUUGCAGUUCAAUAUAGACUACUGAGACAGAAAGUAUUAAAACACAGCUCUGUAUUGUUUUGUUUUAUUAAUACUCUCAGUCCCACGUAAGUAUGGCGGGUCAGAAUAAUUGCACUCGUUGCAGUUCAAUAUAGACUACUGAGACAGAAAGUAUUAAAACACAAUUCUGUAUUGUUUUGUUUUAUUAAUACUCUCAGUCCCACGUAAGUAUGGCGGGUCAGGAUAAUUGCACUCGUUGCAGUUUAAUAUAAUUUAUACUACUGAGGCUGAAAGUAUUAAAUCACAGUUUUUUUACAUUACCAUUGACGUGUAGCUAAUAACAGUUUCUUUAAUUCAAACAUGUUAUAAAUGCCAACUUAGUUUUUUCAGCCAUUACCAUACUCCAAAUAUUUAGAGAGUCAUUCUAAACAAUUUGUAGAAAGUGCUUUACACUUUUAUUAUUUUAGAAUGCUAUACUGUGGAGUAUGUUUCAGGAACAUUGUGGUUAAAAAAUUUCUGUAAAUAAAAUCGUAAUCCAAAAUUUAUUACGUGUUACUGUACUAUUAUUAUAUACGUAUUGUUUAGCUCAAAAUGAAUAUAUGUUGUCUCAGUUUGUGUGUAUUUGUAAUAAAUAUCUUUUAAAUUAAAA